AUGUACACACGAAUGAUAAAGCGCACAAGUGACUUGGUAUAUAUACGAGGAAUUAUCGUCGUUGUCGUACAUGGUGCACACCGGCAAGAGUUCCAUCAUCCACCACCAGGUUUCGGAACGAACACAAACCAAAACCCGUACAUCCCGUACGGCAUGCUCACCAUGCCACUGUCAACUGCCAACGGACUCCCGGGGCUGGUCGCAGAUCAGCCCAUAUCCUCCAGAGACAUUACUGCUCGGGGGCCACGGCUGCUGCGGUGUGGGGCUGCCAAGGUGCUGUCGUACGACUCCGUGUUGCGGCGUUGUUCGUACAAUCCUUCACCCUGCGGGGGCUCCGAAACCCAGACCUCAGGGUUCGAUGUUGUUGUACAGCCGCUUUCCGACGGCUCGAGACUCGAUUCCGUAAACCGUCCGUCGGAGGCGCGGCGCAACGAUCGAACCUGCGUGAAGAAGCCCAGUCCCGUACUUGGUGGCGACCUACUUGCCGUACCGUCCAUGGCCGCCGCGUCAGCGGCGCUAUCGGGAGCAGCGGCGGCGGCGGCGGCGUCUCCCGACAACAACGACUGCCGCUCCACCGUUGCCGCUGUUGCCGGCACCAUCGCGCGUCUUGGAGACGGCGGGCCACGGGGCAUCGGUAGGGCCGAGGACGGUAUGCUGACGGCGGUGCCGAUGCUCAUGGUUGCGGAGCUUGUUGCCAGGGACCGGGGACCAAAUGACGUCACGGGAGGAAGUGACGUAAUGCGCGGCAAGGAGUUGGCUCGCGGACACGAGGACAAGGGAAUCACGGGCGACGUGCGCCGCGGCCUGACUGGCGGCAGCGUUACCGCAGCGGCCGCGGUGACGGCGCCGCUGGCGGCGGGUGUGACGAGCUCUCCCGCCGCUGCGGCCGCCGCCGCCAGUGGUCCGCCACUGCUCGUGCUGUCGUUCGGCAGCAAAGCCACUGACGAGGAACCCGAGCUUAUCGAGCCCCGGAAGGAGCCGUUAGGCGUUGUGACGACCUCCGGCGGCGGUUCCGGCGGCGGCGGCGGCGGCGGCGCUCCGCCAUGUGCGUCCGCAAUCACUUCCGUGGCGUCUCGUGAGAAGGACGUCGCCGCCAGCGCCGGUACGGCGGAGGGCGCGACAGUACUGACAGACCUGGCGGCCCGUCGCGCGGCGGAGGCGCUGCCGUCGCCGCUACCGUUGCCAGCUUCGCUAAUGCUGCCGGCAUCAGCGGCGGCGGCUGUGCCGGCAGCUGCCGUGUCAAUGGCAACCAGCGACAUGAGCGAGGGCCACAAGGAGCGGCGGGCACUGGGUACGGCGGCGAUGAUGCCGCCGCCGCCGCCGCCGCUGCCUGCGUCGCCGCUGGCAACACUGGCCGCCGAGGUGGCGGCGACGCUGCUUCUGGCGGCACCGUCAGCGGCAACUGCGGCGGCCGUGGCGGUGGCGAUCCCCCCCGUCUCCAUGGCCGCCGCCGGCGCCGCCGUUGCGGCGGCGGCGGCGGCGGCAAGGCUGCCGGAGGUCUCUGGCGCCACCCUGUUGCCGCCAUCCGCGCUGCCGAGCAACGAGUGA